UUCAACAACGGAUGUCCGAAUCCACGUUUAGUAUAUCCAACUUGACGACCGUAGCAUCCUUAGGGCUCGGCAGGCCAGAGAUUUUUUUUUUUACAAAUUACACGUAUCAGCGCUGGUUGGUCAUCAUCAUGGGGGAACUAUUCAGGAGUGAGGAGAUGACACUGGCCCAGCUGUUUCUCCAGUCAGAGGCUGCUUACUGCUGUGUCAGUGAACUGGGAGAACUUGGCAUGGUCCAGUUUAGAGAUCUCAAUCCGGACGUGAAUGUGUUCCAGCGAAAGUUUGUGAAUGAAGUGAGAAGAUGUGAGGAGAUGGACAGGAAAUUAAGAUUUGUGGAGAAGGAGAUCAAGAAAGCCAAUAUUCCAACCGUUGACACCGGGGAAAAUCCUGAGGUUCCUUUUCCAAGGGAUAUGAUCGAUCUGGAGGCUACCUUUGAGAAGUUGGAAAACGAAUUGAAGGAGAUCAACACUAACCAGGAAGCUCUGAAGAAGAACUUCCUGGAGUUGACGGAGCUCAAACACAUUCUUCGUCGAACGCAGCAGUUCUUUGAUGAGAUGGAGGAUCCCAACUUAUUGGAAGAGUCAUCAGCCCUCAUGGAAGGCAACGAAGGGGGAAGAGGUGCUCCCCUCAGAUUGGGAUUUGUGGCGGGUGUGAUCAGUCGAGAAAGAAUUCCAACUUUUGAGAGAAUGCUGUGGCGCGUGUGCCGUGGUAACGUUUUCUUACGGAAGGCAGAGAUCGAAGACCCGCUGGAGGACCCCGCCACAGGAGACCAAGUCCACAAAUCGGUCUUCAUCAUUUUCUUCCAAGGUGAUCAGUUGAAGAACAGGGUGAAAAAGAUUUGUGAGGGGUUCCGUGCCUCUCUGUACCCUUGCCCAGAGACUCCACAAGAGAGGAAAGAGAUGUUAGCUGGAGUCAACAGCCGUAUUGACGAUCUCCAAAUGGUUCUGAACCAGACCGAGGACCACCGUCAGCGAGUGUUGCAGGCCGCCUCAAAGACAAUGCGAGUGUGGUUCAUCAAGGUUCGCAAGAUGAAGGCUAUUUACCACACUCUGAAUCUGUGCAACAUCGACGUGACCCAGAAAUGUCUGAUCGCCGAAGUCUGGUGCCCAGUCUCAGAUCUGGACUCAAUUCAGUUUGCCCUACGCAGAGGAACGGAACGAAGCGGUUCGACCGUGCCAUCAAUCCUCAACAGGAUGACAACCAAACAGACUCCGCCCACUUUUAACAAGACCAAUAAAUUCACCUCGGGCUUUCAGAACAUUGUGGAUGCAUAUGGCAUUGGAAACUACAGGGAAAUCAAUCCAGCUCAAUACACCAUCAUCACCUUCCCUUUCCUGUUUGCUGUCAUGUUUGGCGACAUGGGUCAUGGCCUUCUAAUGACCUCCGCUGCUCUUUAUUUAGUCAUCCGAGAAAGUCGCCUCCUCGCCCAGAAAAGUGACAAUGAGAUGUUCAAUAUGGUGUUUGCUGGACGCUACAUCAUAUUGCUCAUGGGGAUCUUCUCCGUCUACACAGGCAUCAUUUACAAUGAUUGCUUUUCCAAAUCACUAAACAUGUUUGGCUCUGGAUGGAGUGUCAGGCCCAUGUUUGGCCCCAAAGGAGCCAAUUGGUCGUUCCAAACGCUUGAAGGAAACGCAGUGCUGCAGUUGGACCCAGCAAUCCCUGGUGUGUUCAAUGGGCCUUAUCCUCUGGGAAUUGACCCGAUCUGGAAUAUUGCCACCAACAAGCUGACGUUCCUCAACUCCUUCAAAAUGAAGAUGUCUGUCAUCCUCGGUGUUAUCCACAUGCUGUUUGGAGUCUCUCUGAGUCUUUUUAACCAUUUGUACUUCAAGAAGCCACUGAACAUCUUCCUGGGCUUCAUUCCAGAGAUUGUUUUCAUGUCCAGCCUGUUUGGUUACCUGGCCUUGCUGGUCUUCUACAAAUGGACGGCUUACGAUGCAUUGACUUCCAAAGAUGCUCCCAGCUUGCUCAUCCACUUUAUCAACAUGUGCCUCUUCAAUUACAGUGACCCCACGACCAAAUCCCUCUAUGCGGGACAGAUGGGGAUCCAGAUUUUGUUGGUGCUCAUUGCCCUUGCAUGUGUCCCCUGUAUGCUGGUUGUGAAAACCUUGGUGCUUCGGCGUCAGCACCUGUGGAAAAAGCACCUGUCACAGAAGAUUCAAGAAACCCCUGCAGAGAAUCUAGCGCAAUCUUUAGAGCAAACAGGCGUGUCCUCAUCAUGCACCGGACUCACCCAACAGGGCACUCAGAAGUUCGGAGGGGUGCGGGUGGGCAACGGGCCCACGGAGGAUGAGGCUGGGAUCAUGGACCACGACCAGCUCUCCCAACACUCAGAGGAGGAAGAUGAGCAUGCAGAGGAAGAGCCGUUUGACUUUGGUGAUGUGGCUGUACAUCAAGCCAUCCACACCAUCGAGUACUGUCUGGGAUGCAUCUCCAACACGGCCUCUUAUCUCCGUCUUUGGGCCCUGAGCUUGGCUCACGCGCAGCUGUCAGAGGUGCUGUGGUCCAUGGUAAUGCACCUGGGUUUGUCCUCCCGGAGCGGUGGCGGUUUCUUCGGCCUCACCAUCAUCUUUGCGGCGUUCGCCAUCCUCACGGUCGCUAUUCUGCUCAUCAUGGAGGGGCUGUCUGCCUUUUUACACGCCCUACGUCUUCACUGGGUGGAGUUCCAGAAUAAAUUUUAUUCCGGCCAGGGCUUCAAGUUUGUCCCCUUUUCAUUCGAAAGCAUCCUGGAUGGAAGAUUUGACGAAUAAUCACAGGGAAGUCUAGUCUUCUCUCUUCCUAUCUGUGUGCAUGAACCCUGGUGCAAAUCUCUGUUUCCCUCUAGUGGCAAUCCAAAAACCUUUCUUGUUUGUGCUAUGAGUAAAUUAACUAUUGUAACCGAUUCCACUUUCAAUACCCCAUCAUGCUGGUUGGUAUUGUGUUCACUUGCAAAAAAAAAAA